AUGGAAAGGUUCUGGCUGGGUGUCUUGUAUCUCUCAGGCUGGCACAUCUCCUCAUGCCUUCUCCGUCAGUACCACUAUGUUGCUGAUCCAAAGACUUGGACUGAAGCUCAGGCCUACUGCAGAGAGAAAUACACAGACCUGGCCACCAUUCACAACACUGAAGAAAUGGACCAACUUGCCGACACAGUUUCAUCUUCUGGCUACAACUCUGAAGUCUGGAUUGGUCUUGUAGUUGACUGGAGGUGGUCAGACGGCUACAAUGGGAGUGGAGCGGAAUAUAGGAACUGGCAAAACCGUAUUGACAACGAACCAGACUUUAGCUCAUUCCAUCAAUUCUGUGUGAUCAUUGGAAGCGCUGGAGGGUGGUGGGAUGAUUCCUGCUCAAUAUCCUACCCAUUUAUCUGUUACAGAGGAACACAGCUGGAGCCUCAGUUUGUUUUAGUCCUGAAUGGAAAGAAUUGGUCCGAUGCUCAGAGGCACUGCAGGGAGAACUACAUAGAUCUGGCCACUGUGAGGAGCGGCACUGAGAACCAGGAGAUCCACAGCUCGAUGCAGAGUGAAAACUGGGUGUGGAUUGGUUUGUCCAGAGAUCCCAACAUGUACUGGUCAGAUGGGAGUGGCUACACAUAUAGCUUCUUGUCCACAGGUUCAAUCGACAUUAGCUCAACGAGAGUCAUAUGUGGUACAGCUCAGCAGAAAUCAGGAAAGCUGAGGCACUGUGAAUCUAGAUUUCCAUUUGUCUGCUACAGCGUCCCUCCACCUCCACCAGUAAUGAGACAGGUGGUAAAGCUGAGGAUCGAGCCAGACGACCCCUCUGUGGAUCUGAAUGACCCUGCUGUGAAAGCAAACAUCCUAAAAAAGCUCCAGGACAGGCUGAAGGAGAAAGGAAUGAGUGGGGUUACCCUGAAGUGGAGAGAGGAGCCUGAUGGGAAAGUCUUCCACAAGGAGAAAAAAAGUUCACGGAAGAAAACUGAGCUCUGAAACUGCUGGAGUGGUGUUCACACCUCAGAAUCAGAAUCAGAAUCAGAAAAUCUUUAUUGUCCCUUGCAAGAAGCAAUUGAAAUUCGUCUUUGACGUGCUCACAAAUGUACUUAGAAUAAAAACACAAGUUAACACACAACAUCAAUGCAGAAUAAAUAUAGUGAGGACAUUAAAAGAUUUCAUUGUGAGUUGUUGAUGAUGUUGAUGGCGGAUGAAAUGAAUGAUUUUUUGACUAAGUUUGUUCUUGCUCGAGGGACCCUGUAUCUACGGCCUGAAGGAAGGAGCUGAAAUGAGUUGUGGAGCGGAUGUGAAGGGUUGUGUAUAAUGGUGGUGGCUUUCCGUCUGACUGCCUGAGUGUGGAGGUCUAAGAGAGAGGACUGUGUGAUGCCUGUUAUUUUACUUGCAUGUUUGAUGACCCGUGACAGUUUGGAUUUGGUUAGCUAAUAAAGCUGCUACAUUCAAAUCCAUGAGAUAGUAAUCUGGGUUGUUCUAAUUUAAAUCAGGGACAUUGUCCUUGAUGUUUAGGAAAUUUCAAAUUUA